AUGUCUCUUAGAAACGGGCGAACUCGCAUCACCGAACGACUGGACCAAAUCGACGAGACAAUGAUGGAAGUGCAAAACGGCGUCCCAUGCACUGGAAACGGCAUAGACUGGAUUUACUCGGACCUGGCAUCUGCGUGA